UCCUUCCCCGCCGCUGCAGCAACACCCCCCACUGCAAUACCAUCCACCUUACUGGUGGAUGAAACACCGCCGCCAGCAUACAUGUCUUAGCUAUGAUGGCGGCGCAAAUGAAGGCUCCCUAGCCCUCCCUGCGCCGCAUACAUACUCCGCGCAAGUGACAGCCUGGCGUCUUACAUCACAAAGGUGCCGCCCUGCCGCUACUGCUCCCGACAUUCCGCCUGUGGUGUGUAUGGACUCCACAGCACAGCGGCAAGGCUUCAUCAGUCAACACUGACAGCAGCAAAGCAGCUCCGUGAAGGAGGUACGGCGGCGGCAGGGUGUCGGAUACUCCUGAAUUACUUGAGGUUUUUAGGCUAUAAUGGAUGAUGAUAUCACACCCAGGAAGAGAUAUGAGGAUGAGGACUAUCACUCUAUUUACAUCGGGGUCCCGGCUCCCAGGAGUUACAGAAGAAAGAGGCGGCGGAGAAGGUCCUUAUCCAGUCGGGACAGGAGCAGUGAAAAUGAGAAGCAUUAUAGCCGGGAUGAGCACUCGGAUACAGAUGAAGGAGGAAGGCUCAACUAUGACAAUGAGCCUUAUAACCUCAGCAGAACUAUGUCUCCGGCAGCUGAACGCUUAAGAUACAUUUUGGGAGAAGAUGACGAGGCUCCAAAUCCCACAUUGUUCACAGAGAUGGACACAUUGCAACAUGAUGGCGAUGAGCUGGAGUGGAAGGAAACAGCAAGGUGGUUAAAAUUUGAGGAGAAGGUAGAAGAAGGUGGAGAGCGGUGGAGCAAGCCACAUGUGUCAACAUUGUCCCUACACAGCCUAUUCGAGUUGCGGACAUGUCUUCAGACAGGAACCGUGCUGCUUGAUUUAGAUGGUUAUUCCCUUCCGCAAAUUGUAGAUGACAUAAUUGAGAAGCAAGUAGAAGAUGAAAUGCUCAAGCCUGACCUCAGGGAGAAAAUUAGCUACGUCCUGUUGAGGAAACAUAGGCACCAAACCAAGAAACCCAUGCACAGGUCAUUGGCGGACAUCGGAAAGUCUGUCUCCUCCAAUACCAACCGAAUACCUGUCCCAAGUGCUCCUGUUGGAGCUCACCUACAUCGCUCCACAGAGGACCUGAGGAUGAGACAAAGCACUAACUAUGGAAGAUUGCAUCAUGCACAAAGCAGGAGUAUGAAUGACAUUUCCGAUGCCCCAAGCACAGACCAGCUUAGAAAUAAAUUUAUAAAGAAGAUCCCCAGGGAUGCAGAGGCUUCUAAUGUUCUGGUGGGAGAGGUGGACUUCUUAGACAAACCUUUUGUAGCAUUUGUACGACUGGUCCAGUCCAUAAUGCUGGGAGGUAUGACGGAGGUCCCAGUGCCCACCAGAUUUAUAUUUAUUUUACUGGGUCCAAUGGGAAAAGUCAAGUCCUACAUUGAAAUUGGAAGAGCGAUUGCGACCUUGAUGGUGGACGAUCUAUUUAGUGAUGUUGCGUACAAAGCGAGAGAUCGGGAGGAUCUGAUUGCAGGAAUAGAUGAGUUUUUGGAUGAAGUAAUUGUCCUUCCACCUGGAGAAUGGGAUCCUACCAUUAGAAUAGAGCCUCCCAAAAAGAUCCCAUCAGCAGAUCAGAGGAAAUCUGUUUUCUCUGUGAAUGAGGCAGGACAAAUGAAUGGAUCAGCUGGGGGAGGUGGAGGAGGAGGUGGAAGUGGCGGAGGCGGAAGUGAAGAGGGGGAGAUGCCUUGCGCCCAUGAGAUUGGAGAAGAGCUUUCAUGGACUGGCAGGUUCUGUGGAGGACUUUAUCUGGACAUUAAGAGGAAGCUGCCAUGGUUUCUGAGUGAUUUCUAUGAAGCCUUCCACAUCCAGUCCAUUUCUGCCAUUCUCUUCAUUUACCUCGGCUGCAUAACAAAUGCUAUUACAUUUGGGGGACUGCUGGGCGAUGCGACAGACAACUAUCAGGGUGUGAUGGAAAGCUUUCUUGGUACCGCAAUGACAGGCUCUGUGUUUUGUAUGUUUGCUGGACAGCCCCUUAUCAUCCUGAGUAGCACUGGACCUAUUCUUGUCUUUGAAAAGCUCCUGUUUGAUUUCAGCAAGAGCAAUGAAAUAGACUACAUGGAAUUCCGCCUGUGGAUUGGUCUCCACUCAGCCCUGCAGUGCCUUAUUUUGGUCGCCACAGACGCCAGCUUCAUUAUUAAGUACAUCACGCGUUUCACAGAGGAGGGGUUCUCUACGCUCAUCAGCUUCAUCUUCAUUUAUGAUGCCAUUAAAAAGAUGAUUGGAGCCUUCAAAUAUUACCCCAUCAAUUCUGACUUCAAACCCGACUACGUCACAACAUACAGAUGUGAAUGUGUGGCUCCUGACCCAGUGAAUACAACUUUAUUCAAUGCUUCAGCUCCAUUUGCACCAAACAUCACUAACAUCUCUUUGUACAAUGUCAUGAAUAACACAGCUUUGGACUGGAGCCAGCUAAGCAUGAAGGAAUGUCUGAAGUAUGGCGGGAGCCUGCUGGGAGACUCGUGUAACUAUGUGCCUGACCUGGCCCUUAUGUCCUUCAUCCUUUUCUUCGGAACCUACUCCAUGACCCUAUCUUUAAAGAAGUUUAAGUUCAGCCGAUACUUUCCCACCACGCUGCGCACCCUGGUGGCUGAUUUUUCCAUUGUGUUCACCAUCCUCUUCUUCUGUGGUGUGGAUGCAUUAUUUGAGCUGGAGACACCAAAAUUGCAUGUUCCUAAUGAAAUUAAGCCAACUCGCCCAGACCGAGGCUGGUUUGUAUUCCCUUUUGGUAAGAAUCCUUGGUGGAUUUACCUGGCCAGUGCGUUACCAGCUCUACUGGUGACCAUUCUAAUCUUCAUGGACGAGCAAAUCACAGCAGUCAUAGUUAACAGGAAGGAGAACAAGCUGAGGAAAGCCUGUGGUUACCACUUGGAUCUGUUCUGGGUGGGCAUUCUCCUGGCAGUGUGCUCCUUCAUGGGUCUGCCUUGGUAUGUGGCUGCGACAGUCAUCUCCAUUGCUCAUAUUGACAGCUUGAAGAUGGAGACAGAGACCAGUGCUCCCGGGGAACAGCCACAGUUUUUAGGAGUGAGGGAACAAAGAGUGACCGGAAUUGUUGUGUUUAUCCUCACUGGAAUCUCCGUCUUCCUGGCUCCGGUACUGAAGUAUAUUCCAAUGCCUGUCCUCUAUGGCAUCUUUCUGUACAUGGGCGUUGCAUCACUCAAUGGCAUUCAGUUCUGGGACCGCUGCAAGCUCUUCAUGAUGCCCGCAAAGCACCAACCGGACUAUGCCUACCUCCGGCACGUUCCAUUACGCCGCGUGCACCUGUUCACCCUUGUUCAAAUUGUCUGUCUUGCUGUGCUUUGGAUCCUGAAGUCUACAGUUGCUGCCAUCAUUUUCCCAGUCAUGAUCCUUGGCUUGAUAAUGGUGAGAAAGAUGCUGGACUGGCUCUUCAGCCAGCAUGACCUUGCCUGGUUAGAUGACAUCUUACCAGAGAAGGAAAAGAAAAAGCAGGAAGACAAGAAAAAGAAGAAAGGGAAAGACGAAACAGAUAGUGAUGAGGACAGAGCUGCCCACCCUGGGGCUCUGCAUUCAGACUCCUCAGCCAAUGGAUCAGAUGUGGACCGCAGUAUUACUCUGCACCUGAAGAUCUCCUGCCCGCCCUCUCCUGCCAUCAGCUACCCCAGAAAUCCAAUCGGUGCAGUCCCUCAGGUGAAAAUCGAGAUGGAUUCUGAGUAUGAUGACUCCGACCUAGAGAAGAAUACCAGAGAUCGGGGCAGUGAAACCACUUUAUAGCGGUCAUUGUGCCCAUGUCUGCCAGGCAACCAAGACCUCUGUACCCUGGGACCAUGUUAGGACGUGGCAGCGGGCACCUUUCUGUGUUUGAGUCCAAAAGGAUAUUUAUUCUUCGAUACAGGACUUUUGCAAUUGCCUUUUAAGGCUGUAAUAGAUCCUUUAUACAAUAACUUAGUACAAGUUCCAGAUGCAGCUACUUUUUUUCCAACUUUCUUAUGGAUUGGGCAUCUUUUAAAAACAUAUUUGUGGGCAUGAUGCUACUAAUAAAAUGACAUUAUAUAAUCAA